CUUGAAGGAAUUCCUGAUGUGCAAGAUUUUCCUUCAGCAGCUUUGGAGAGAACAGUUGGAUUGGGAUGAGAGCCUACCCUCGGCGUUGCAUGAAACUUGGAUGGAUUUGAGAAACAGUUUGCCCCAAAUGUGCGCAGGGCGCAUCUGCGCUGUCAUGACUCGUCCUAUACCGGGCUACAACCAUACAUUUAUGCUCUGUUCGCUGGUCAACAACAACUUCAUGCCGUUGAACAACGUGGCGUUGUACCUGGAUAGCGAGAAGAACCACCUCGUGCCGGUGCCGCGAGAGGCGUUGCUGGAGCCGCCACGUCUUGCAGAUGGCCAUCCGAUGUCAGCUGUUUUUGCGGACAUUGACUUCCGUGGUGGCCACGCUGUGGGUCAGGUAGUGGAGCCAGCGCUAUACCUCUGUCUCUACCUGUGUCUAAAACUCGUGUUGUCAAUACUUGUCAAGCUGCGUGGGCUCGACUUGCAAAGUCACUGCAGCAGAUACGUCCAGCAAUUAUCAUACUGCGGGGAUUCGGUUCACCUUCCCCAAUACGGAAGCCCCAGUUUUGGUGACACCAUCAAUGAAGACGAGGAGUUGUCGCUGCACGAGGACCAAUUACAGUCUAACAACAGCCAGAUUCUUGCAUUGAGCUAA